UGACUGCCUCUGAAGGCAGCAACUGAGCCUCUGGUUUCACACUUCCUCCGCCUCCGAGACGAACAGUUCACUCGUGCAGCCAUUUUGAUUUGGAACCGCAGCGCUGGAGAGAAACUGUUUGGAAAAGGAGUGAAUCCAGAGGAGAGUGAUGUGGGACCAGGGAGGACAGCCCUGGCCGCAGUGGCCUCUGAGCCAGCAGCAGUGGAUGCAGUCUUUCCAGCACCAGCAAGAUCCAGGUCAAGUCGACUGGGCUGCCCUGGCACAAGCAUGGAUAGCCCAAAAGGAGUCUACAGGCGCAGAGCAGCCGAAUAUUCAGCCCAAUGGCCAGGACAUCCCAGGCCUUGAACCAGGUGGACAGGGCAACCAUGGCGCCUUCCAGGGUGACCCAACAUUUGGCAGAAUGUGGCAACCAGAAUGGGGAAUGCAUGGCCAGCCCCCCCCUCCUCCUCCACCACCCCCUGAGCAGGCCUGGAUCCCUCCAGGCUCAGGACCGAUGGAUGUGGUGAACCCCAGCGAGGACAGCAACAGCCAGGACAGCGUGGAGUUCAACUCUGAAGCCCACCACGGGGUUUACCCCCAGAACAGCCAUGGGUAUGGGGCACAGCCCGACAGCUACGCCAUGGCCCCCAUGGCCAUGAACCAGUUUGAUUAUCAGCACGGAGCCGCCUCAUCCUUCGCCCCCACACCCACAAGCUUCCACUCCCCAUACUGGCAGGGUCCUCCUCAGAACAGACGAGAUACCAGACCUCCAGGCUUCAGGGACCGGCCCAGAUCCCCCAUCCAGCUCCCCGUCAAACAGGAGGCCCCAGCAACGUUAGAUGCGGUAAAAAGACGCACAUUGCCUGCAUGGAUCCGAGAGGGCCUUGAAAAGAUGGACAGAGAGAAGCAGAAGAAGCUGGAGAGAGAGCGAAUGGAGAAGGAGCGUGCAAAAAUGACCAAAGUCGAUAGCAAAGAGCGCGAGGCUGACGAGGAAGGCGAUGGGCCACGUGUGCCCCGCAAGAGUAAAUUUGACAGUGACGAUGAGGGGAAUUAUGACAAUGACGAUGAAGAAAAGGCAUCCAUCAAGAAAGAAUUUGCUGGUCGCAGCCCAUCACCUCCUGCGGAGGACAGCGAACCUGAAAUGACUGAUGAGGAAAAGGAGUUCCAGCUGAUGGUCAUCACAAAAACACUUCUGACAGAGAUCCUUCUUGAGGUGACCAAUGAAGAGAUCCAGCAUGUGGCCAGAGAGACGCACCGGAAAGCCACUCGAGCUCCUGCAAAACAGCUGGCACAGUCAAGUGCACUGGCUUCUCUGACUGGUCUCAGUGGGCUUGGUGACUAUGGUUCAGACGAGAGCGAGGAUGAGGAUGAACGCAGCGUACGAGGUUCUGAAUCCUCCGACACCGAUGAGGAGGAGUUGCACCACCGCAUCCGAGAGAAGCAGGACGCCUUCCGCCGCAAAGAGCGGGAGGUACAGCAGCUGCAAGAAAAACAAGCGCAGGAGGCUCAGCUUGCACGUGAAGAGAUGGCGAAGGAGAGAUUGAGCAGAGAAAAGGGGGAAUAUGAUGAGGGCCAGCCAGAGAAUCCACACAAACAGGAAGUAAAGGAGAGGGAGGCGGAGCCCUUGGUAGAGAGGCGUAGGUCCCGUAGUGAGAAAGAGGGUAGUGAGAGCAAGCACUCGGGCAGGGGGAAGGAGCGGUCAGGGCGAGGCGCCAGCAAUUCACCGGCCAACGGUCACAGCAGCAGCUCCCCCUCCACCUCCAGCCACAGCAGCCGUCGUUCUUCCUCCUCCUCGUCUUCCUCUUCCUCAGCAUCUUCCCGCAGUUCAUCGCGAUCCUCCUCCCCACGAAGGAAGAGGAGGCGUAGCCGCUCCUCCUCCCACAAGGCUCGCAGGCGUAGCCGCAGCCACAGCUCCCACAGGCAUCACAGUGAGAAGGGCAGAGACAGAAGGAGGAGCAGCGCAGAGAGAUCAGGCCGACACAAGAAAGAUCGCAGUGAUUCCAGGGAGCGCAGGGGCCGCAGGAGUAGAUCCAGAGAGCGAGAAAGGGCUAGAGCCAGGGCCAGAGACAGCCGCAGUCGCAGCAAAGAGAGAGAAAAGGAGAAAGAAAGGGAUAAGGAGAGGAAAAGAAGCCGGGAUGGCCGAGACAGCAGUCGUAGUCAUAGUAGCAAACACAAGCAGAAGGCCUCCAGCAAAGACGGAGAGAGAAAGAGGGAAAGGAGUCAUAGCCACGAGAAAGACAAGAAAAAGAAGGAUAAGGAAAAAGAGCUAGAUAAAAAGAAAGAAAAGCCAAAGGCCAAAGAGAAGGAAAAAGAAAAAGGAAGCUCUGUAGUUACAGAGGAGAAUGGCAAAUUGAAGAAAAGGAAAGAGAGUGAUUCGUGCACGGACUCUCAGAGUGACAAGCACUCCCGGCAGGAUAGCAAAGCCAGCAAGAAGGGCUCCGCCAAAGCUAGCAAGAAGCGCUCAGACUCCGACUCAAGUAGGUCCCCUACCCCUGAAGUUAGCAAGGAAAAGAAAUCAAAAAAAUCGAAACGUAGUCGCUCAAGGUCGACGGAAAAAUCUCACAAGUCUGGUAAGAAGGCAAGCCGCAAACACAAGUCUAAGUCGCGAUCAAGGUCAACGUCCCCCUCCCGUCGUAGCAGACGCUGAGGAGCACAGUUAACCUCCUGACCUGUGCACUUUACCAUUUUAAAUUCCAUGAGUUGAACAGGCUUGUCUCAUUAUAGAGGCAAUUGUGUAGGUGAACCCCCCUCAUACGUCUUUCAUCUUUGUAAAUAUGUUGUUAUUUUUAAAAAGUGUGACUGAAGAACAACUUCAAACGUUUUGAAUGGUAGGAGUUUUCACUUGUAUCAUUAUGCAAAGCUUAAUAAGACUAUGUGGACACUAAAAGCUCAAGUUGUAUAAUUUUAAAUCGUAACAGGAUUAACUUUCUUUCCUCCAAACAUUAUUGUAAAGAUGUCCAAUAAAACUGUUUGUUCCUUG